CUGCCGAAGUGAACACGCAAAUUCUUAUCAUUCCGCAAAAGUUUAGUGAGCACAUUAGUCACGUCGUUUUGAGGACGAUCUUUAUAUUUGCGAGUAUAUUUCCGGUUAGUGCAGUUAUUUGCCGGAAUUGGUUUCUUUCACCGACCUUUAGCGUGUUCCGCAUGCGUUGGAAGCGUAAUUUGAGCUGGUAGGAUGAUAAAGUCCACUCGGAAAUAUCGCGUGCGUGUUUUUCCUUUAUCUGAUCGAGUUUCUCGUGAAGGUGACGGGGAAUUCACUCCAAAGUGAGAAGACAAAUAAACACACAAGUGAAUAGUCUAUUGCGCUUUUGUUUACCUUUUUCGCUAAAAGGCUUUACUCAAUUCAUGAGUUUGGACAAAAAGCUGCUCAUUGUAUGUGUUGUUUACGAAAGUGUUGGACUUGUUUGUGUUGCGGAUUUUGUCUGUUGAAGGGAGGAAAUUUGUGCAGAUUUGCGUGCUUGGAGGAAACGCGGCCAUAACUUCCUGAACGAUCAGUUCCCGUCAUCGGCAGGAAAAUGAUGGAAGAAGCUGAAGAUGGCGAUAGCUUCGCUAUCCUCGUAAACGAUAAGACAAGAAAUCAUCGAUCACCAAUGGGGACUCUUUCGCCUCCCAGGCCGGAUGUAAUUCUGGACACCAGUGGGGGACCGUUCAUCUCGCUAGACAUCAAUGGCGGCGAUUCGGAUGAAUCGAGUAUUGACUGUGUCAUCCCAGGCAAUGUUUCCAAGAUGUCAGAAAGGGUCAGAAGUUUUCUUUUGAUGGAUGAGGGCGAAAAUAUGCAGCAGAAAUCGUCUGAUAUCUUCUGCAAGAAGCUGAGUGUAGCACCGGAGGCGAAAAUCAAAGUGGUUUCUAUUUUUGGAAACUCCGGCGACGGGAAGAGUCACACAAUGAACCACACGUUUUUUGGCGGAAAGGAAGUGUUCAAAACGUCAGCCGAGCAGGCUUCUUGCACGAUGGGUAUUUGGGCGGCCUUUUAUCGGCCCAAUAACGUUCUCUGUCUGGACACGGAAGGCCUGCUGGGAGAAACGACAAACGAGAACCGACAGAUGAGGAUGCUGUUGAAAGUUCUAGCCAUAUCGGACAUUGUCAUUUACCGCACGCGGUCGGAAAGGUUACGUUCUGAUAUGUACACAUUUCUGGGAAAUGCAUCCAAGGCGUAUAGUAAGUAUUUUUCUGCUGCCCUGCAAUCGCUGAAACUUUCCGAGGUGCCACAGUGCCUCGGACCGGCGGUUAUAAUUUUCCACGAAACACAAAACACAGAAGUGCUGAAGGAGGAUGAUGAGGGCAAGAAAGAGGAGGAUAUACUUCGCGAGCGAUUCGCUAAAAUGAAAUUAGAGCUGACCGCGUUUAGCUCGCUGCGAUAUGUUGGCGUACGAACGAACAAACAUCCGACAAACUUUGAACAACUCAGAAUGGCGUUGGAAAGGGAACUGAAUAAUACUACUGUACGAUCACCUCGGCAGCCGAAAGUCGUUUUCGAAACGCUGGAAGCGCUCAAUCAGAAGUUUAACGGUGAGCUGUCGUCGGUUCCGCACAAUACCUUCCCGGAGCAAUAUUUUACAUGUACGACAUUCUGCAAAUCUUGCGAGGCUCGAUGUCAGCUGUCGAUGGGGCAUCUGAGCGCAGGGGAGGAUCACAAGUAUGUUGGAGCCUGCCGGUAUCAGCACCAGUACGAGAAUAAAGUUCUGAUGUGCAACAAUUGCCAUACGAACGGACGCCAGGUGGUGGUAACCCAAAAAACGCAGACCAGUUGUGACUCUUCCUGGAUUGGAUUGGCGAAGUACGCAUGGAGCGGAUCGGUUAUCGAGUGUCCCCACUGUGGCGAGAUCUAUCGAGCCCGGCAGCACUGGUACGGGAACAAAUCACCGGAGCAGGACGUCGUGAGAACCGAGAUCGUGCAUGUAUGGAACGAUAACACUUCGUCCAACCGGAGUCCUGCGCAUUCUGCCCAGAUGGUGCUGGAUGGGAUGACCUACCUAGGGGAUGCCGUGGCCAGCGUUAGCGCACAACCCGCAAAAUCCCUUGUGAACAUGUUGAAUAACGCGAUACGGCCGGAUUAUUGGGAACCAGACGAUGUUAUAAUUACCUGCCGAGGCUGCGAUCGCGAUUUCGAGAAAUACGGACUGUAUAAACAUCACUGCCGUGACUGUGGGAAGGGAUUCUGCAAUGCUUGUUCAGGGUCCAAGAUGCUGGUGUUAAGUCGUAAUUGGAACUAUCCGGUACGGGUCUGCAACGGCUGCCGGACUAAGUUGAUACAAGCACAAAGACAGGGGCAAGAGAACGGUGGUAUUCAAGCAUUAAGUGACGCAACUGAACAAGAUCUGACAUCUUCUACAGGCAACAGCCAGUCCGGCGAGGCUGCGGAAGUCAACAUUACGGCGCGAAAGUAUGGCGAAGUACUUGUCAACACCUUUGCCAACAUAGGAGCAGUGCUGGAAUAUCCGAAAGAUUACAUCAAGAAUUCUGCACGACCUUCCUACUGGGUUCCGGAUUCGGAAGCACCUCGCUGUAACAUAUGCCGACUUGUGUUCGGAGUAGCCGAAGAAAUAGAUUCGACCACAGCAGUUGUUCAACCGGGACCGAGUUCCAGCGAGAAUGAUGUACCUGACCAAUUGGCGGCUGCCAUGGCGGAUGAUACGCCAUCUCAUUCAUCGUCCCAAAGUAUCGACCGACGGAGACACCACUGCCGGGCUUGCGGGAACGCGGUGUGUGCAAGCUGUUCGGAGCAUAGUCGGCCAGUACCGAAGCGAGGCUGGACGAAUGCGGUCCGAGUGUGCAACAAUUGUAUUUUGGGCAAUGAUUAGUUCUGAGAAGUGUUGCUUCACUUAAGUUCCCGCGAGAAGACAACGUGCGACUCAAAAUGUGAUAAUUAGUGUGAACGUUUCGUAUUUACUUUUGUUGGUCUUUGUAGCUAGCGAAAAUUCUGAAAUUUUGUUUAUUGUUUUCCCAUGGUUUUAAAAGCGCACAAAUGAUUGUUUUGUAAAUUGAUUCGCAUGAGUUCUACCGUUUUUAGAUCAAAAUUAGAAGAUCACAUGUUUCCCGAAAUAGACCAACUUACUUUAAAAUUAUUCAGUUGGUAAAUGAUCUCAUUCUGAUCUUUUUCUCUGUAUAAACGACCACACUAGGCCGAUCUUUUCACAUUCCCCAGUGCAUGGAACUCGGGUAAGAUUACGUUUACAAACACGAAAAAGAAAGCUCUCAUGAGUUUGAUGUUUAGAAGGAUGAUGCAAUGUCGAGUGUUUUCCCAGAAUCUAGAUUGUAUCUUGAGAACUCGAUCCGAUCUGUCGAGAAUAUUUGUUCAUGGCAAAGCAUGGAAUAAGAAGCUCGUUGCCAUUUAUAACCGUGUUUCGCCUAUCGCAUCACCCUCGAACCCAGUUCUUCAUCAUUUGCGAAAUACAUUAAAUUGUUAGAAUUGGCAGAACCUUACAAGUUGGUCUAUCGAAGAAGGAUAACAAAAUACGCACUGAAGAGAAUAAUUUUCAUGCUUAGGGUAAGAUUUGCCGUAAACUUAUUGCACAUGUUUAGCGUUGUAGCGAAUAAUAAAUCAGAUAUUGUUGAUCUAUGAUAUUUUCAAAUAAAAUUAAACUGAUUUGUAUACAUUUCA